UUUGUAAAAGAAGUAGUAGGGGAUCCUAAGAGGUUCGCUUAUAAAAGAGAGCGAUCGUAAAGCGAGAUCGACAGUUUGUUGGUAAUUCGUUGAUAAAGGUGUUUAUAUUUUAUAUUCGUCUUAAGGAAUAAGAACAAAAUGUCAGUAAUGGAGCCGGAAAUAAUUGCCGGAUCUGUUGCGGAAGCUACAGAUAGUGGUUUAUCGACAUUGUCAAUGUUCUUCAUUCUUCUACUGCCAACACUCAUUCUCUAUUACAUCUACUUCCGUAUUGCUAAUAAACAUAUGAUAGAACUCGCAAAUAAAAUUCCUGGACCUCCGGGGUAUCCUAUUAUUGGUAACGCUUUGGAAUUUCUUGGAAGUCCCGAUUCAAUAUUUAGUAAAUCAAUGAAAUAUGCAGAAGAAUAUGAAAAAAUAGCUAAAUUUUGGAUUGGACCGAAGCUCCUUAUCUUUCUGAUUGAUCCACAUGACAUUGAGGUAAUUUUGUCCAGCCAUAUUUACAUUGAUAAAUCCACGGAAUACAAAUUCUUUCAACCAUGGCUCGGAAACGGGCUUCUCAUAUCUUCAGGACAAAAAUGGCGUGCCCAUCGUAAACUAAUAGCACCUACUUUCCAUUUGAACGUUUUGAAGAGUUUCAUCGAUCUCUUUAAUGCAAAUUCGCGUGCGGUUGUUGAGAGAAUGCGGAAAGAAGACGGCAAAGUAUUUGAUUGUCACAAUUACAUGUCCGAGACAACGGUUGAGAUACUUCUUGAAACGGCUAUGGGCGUAUCGAAGUCUACACAGGGACAAAGUGGAUUUGAAUAUGCGAUGGCCGUAAUGAAAAUGUGCGACAUACUUCAUCUUCGACAUACCAAAGUUUGGCUGAGACCCGAUUGGCUCUUCAAUCUUACCAAGUAUAGUAAAGAUCAGAUUAAACUUUUAGAAAUUAUACAUGGACUCACGAAAAAAGUGAUCCAACGUAAGAAGGAAGAAUACAAGAGCGGUAAACGUAAUAUUAUUGAUACCACCGGAUCUAAAACGACCGAAAAGGUUACCACGGUUGAAGGUCUGUCCUUCGGUCAAUCGGCUGGUUUGAAGGACGAUCUCGAUGUCGACGAUAACGACGUUGGUGAGAAGAAAAGACAAGCUUUCUUAGAUCUCUUGAUCGAAGCUGGUGAAAGUGGUGUGGUAUUAAAUGAACAGGAAGUCAAGGAACAAGUAGAUACCAUUAUGUUCGAGGGACACGAUACCACAGCUUCCGGAUCCAGUUUCUUCCUGACAAUGAUGGGUUGUCAUCCUGACAUUCAAGAGAAAGUAAUCCAAGAACUUGAUGAGAUCUUUGGAGAUAGCGAUAGACCUGCCACUUUCCAGGACACUUUGCAAAUGAAAUAUCUUGAACGUUGUCUCAUGGAAACUUUACGCAUGUAUCCGCCAGUACCGAUCAUUGCUCGUGACGUCAAGACAGAUAUAAAACUUGUUUCUGAUAAUUACAUUAUACCAGCCGGAAGUACUGUCAUCAUUGGUACAAUAAAGACCCACCGAUUAGAAUCGAUUUAUCCAAAUCCAAAUGUCUUCGAUCCGGACAACUUCCUUCCGGAAAGGACAGCCAACAGACAUUAUUAUGCAUUUAUACCAUUCUCCGCUGGACCUCGUUCUUGCGUUGGCCGAAAAUAUGCCAUGCUCAAACUGAAGAUUCUACUUUCAACGAUACUAAGAAACUUCCGUGUAAAAUCGGAAGUCAAAGAAGAUGAUUUUAGGCUACAAGCCGAUAUUAUUCUCAAGCGUGCCGAAGGAUUCCCUGUCAGAUUGGAACCGAGGAAACGUGUUGCCGUUCAGGCUUAAUUAAUAAUUAAUACGUUUAAUCUCCUUUUUAUCUUAUUAAGAUUUGAAUAUGUUAAAAAAAAAAAAAAAAUAAAAAAAUAAAAAAAUAAAAAAAUAAAAAAAAAUAAAAUAAAAUAAAAUAAAGUAGGAGAGGUAAUGGAAAGGGAAUAUUCCAUUCAGAAGUUUCCCAUUUCGUGUACGAUUUUUAAAAAUUAUUUUCCAAACUAUAAUAGAUCGUUCAAAUAAAAAUUUUGAAGAAGAUUGGACAUAUAUUAUGGCGUACGCAAAUUUUCUCUGGGUGGAUGUGCUUCGACUAUAAACAAGAAAAAAGAAAAAAAAAAAAAAAAGGAAUAUUCUUUUUGAAAUAUUCAAAAGUACAUCUGAAGAAGAUUUGUGACCAUAAAAAUUGUCCCUUCCCAAAAAAAAAAUGAAUCAUUUUAUUUGAAAUAUCUUUUAAAACGAGACGUAGUUCGGGAAAUAAUUACUUGCAAAAUUUCAAAUGGAACUACCUGUAUAUGUAAGUGAUCUUAAAUUUUAAUAUUAUUGAAAAAUAAAAAAACUAUAUGGAGAAAUAAAGAAAUAAAAAUCAUAUUCGUUAUGGAUUAUGAGGCAUAUAAUAUAUAUAUGUGCGUGCGGGUAUAUGUAUAUAUAUAUAUAUAUAUUAUAUAUAUAUAUAUUUAUCUUAUGUAAUAAACUAUGCAGCUGAUUAA